AUGCAGAAUACAGGCCAAGGCACAGCUGGGUCUGAGGGCGGAGCAUUCUUGAGGUCAUCCACAUGUUCUGACUGGGAAAAACUGGUCGCCAUGCUGAAAGGAGUGCGCAUAGACUAUGGUCCUGCCACGGAGCAGCUUCUGCUGUAUUUGGACAAUUCCAAUGCCCUGGGGAAGAAGUUGAUCAUUCAAGACAUUGAUGAAACUCAUGUCUUUGUAAUAGCAGAAUUGGUUAAUGUCUUCCAGGAGCGAGUGAGUGAAUUAAUGGACCAAAAUGCUUUUUCUCUUACCCAGAAGUGAAAAUACUAGAUAUUGACCACUGAGGAAUUAUAAGCAGCAAAUACAAAAGACUCACCACUCAGUAUCGUAUGUGAUUGAUUAGACUUAGAGGGUUGCUUAGGAGCCUGCUACGGGAAAGACUGAGGGGCCAUUUGUCCAGAUAAAAGCCCCGUGAACUGAUUUUUGUACCCUAGAAUUAAAAAAAAAAAGGCU